UUUUUCUCCCGUCCAAAUAAAGAUAUGAAAACGCGGUCAAAUUUUGGUAGUCCACACAGUUUGUAAUUAAAUUGGAAAGGUCUGGGCCAUCCGGAGCGUCCAAUCCGGCGGUCUCCGAAUCGGAGCCGCUGGUUGAUUGAGUCCCGGAGACCCAGUCGUGCACGACAACGUGUUCUUGCACUCGCCACGAACGCGCACGUCUCUCCGUGUUCUCGCCAUAAAUAUCUUUCCGUCCUGCGUCGCCCCCAUUGUCAUCCAGGCAUUUCAUCGAACGCCUUCCUCCUCUUCUGAAGUGACGAUGGGUCCUCUGGUGCUGGUUUCUCAGCUGGCGACCGGGCUGGGAGUUCUGGUCGGUGCCGCCAUGGUGAAGUCGGCAAUGGAGAGCGGACGGCCGAUGGCCGGGGGAUGGCCGCGGUGCGAGACGUGCAACGGCACCGGUCGCGUGACGUGCCUGUGCUCGCGGUGGUCCGACGGGGACGUGGGGUGCCGCUCCUGCUCCGGCUCGGGGAAGAUGGUCUGCAGGAGCUGCGGUGGGUCGGGAACCGCGCGGCCGCUCCAGAUUCGGGUUCCGACGAGGACAGGCCGCGCUCCCUGAUGUACACGAGACGGCGAGUUGUAUAUAUGACAGACAGAUACAGUAGUUGGCUGCCGGCGCCUAGAAUUUUGGAUGGAAAGGGAUUUAACCGUUAGAUUUGAUGGAUAAUUGGCUCAAUUUAUGAGCAAGAUAUAUGUUUCUUCUUCCUUCAUAAAAAUAAAUAUAUACAUUUUUAUGAAAUGAA